AUGGCCGCGAGGGGCGUGGGGAGCCCCGGCCCAUCCGCCUCCUGCCCGGCGCCGACUCCGCGCGAGCGCCCCCGACGGGCCACGCCCGAGCUCCUCCGCCUGCGCGUGCCCCCGUGGCCUCAACCGUCGGCUGCCGCCCGGCCCAUCCGCCUCCUGCCCGGCGCCGACUCCGCGCGAGCGCCCCCGACGGGCCACGCCCGAGCUCCUCCGCCUGCGCGUGCCCCCGUGGCCUCAACCGCCGGCUGCCGCCCGGCCCAACCGCCUCCUGCCCGGCGCCGACUCCGCGUGAGCGCCCCCGACGGGCCACGCCCGAGCCCUCCGCGGCCGACUCCCCUGCGCGCCGGGUCGCCGCGGCCCCUCCGCCCCGCCCCAUGGCCGCCUCCGCGCGCUGGCCUCGGCCGGCCUGCCCCGCGCCCGCGCCGCUUCGCCCCGGCGCGCCCGCCGACUCGCCAUCUCCUCGCCGUGCGCCCACGGCCGCCUGCUCACUUCGGCCGGCUCCCGCAGUCGCCGCGCCCGCCUGUGGCCGCCUCCGCCUCCGCCCAUGGCCGCCUGCUCACUUCGGUCGGCUCCCGCAGUCGCCGCGCCCGCCUGUGGCCGCCUCCGCUUCCACCCAUGGCCGACUGCACCGCGCCCCCGCGGCCGGCCGGCUCGCCUCCCCGGACAGCCGGCUUCGCCCGCCACCCGGCCGGCCUGCUGUCGGCCGUCUUCAUCCGCAACCCGGACGGCCGGCUCCGCACGCGCACCCGCACCCGGCCGGACGCGCCGCCCCGCGGCUCCGACCUACGGCCCGAGCGCCCCCGCCUCCGGCUUGGUUUCGUCCGCGCCUCGGUGCCUGCCCCUCCUCGCGGCCUCCUCUGCAUGUGCGCCCCAUGGCCGGCUGCGCCAUGCCCGUCGGAGGCCGGCUGCGCCCCGCACCGGCUCGCGCCUGCGCCGGCCGCUUCCCGCCUCGGCCGUGGCCUUCGCUGGCCGGCUGCCUAG